GCUUUCAGUUAAAAGGUUUCUGUUGUUGUAGCUUAUGCAGUUGCUCUGUUGCUAUGGAAACGUGACAUCAAAAUGACGUUUCCCGUUUAAAAGCUUUUAACUAAAUUCCUGCCUGUCAGACGUAGGCCCCAUUUUGAGCGCGGAGCCGCCUUCGAGCCGAGCGCCCGCGGCUGCUCGCCCGCUGCCCAUGGUGGGCAGAGCGGCGGGCCCGGGGGCCGGGGGCGGGGGCCCGGCCUGAGUCUGCUCUUUUGACCCCACAGGUGCCUCCGCCAUGGCAGCGGCCGAAGUGCCCAGCUAUCUCGUGUCCCCUCAGACGGAGAAGCACCGGCGGGCCCGCAACUGGACCGAUGCCGAGAUGCGCGGCCUCAUGUUGGUCUGGGAGCAGUUCUUCGACGAGCUGAAGCAGACCAAGCGCAAUGCCAAGGUGUACGAGAAGAUGGCCAGCAGGCUCUUCGAAAUGACGGGCGAGCGCCGCCUGGGCGAGGAGAUCAAGAUCAAGAUCACCAACAUGACCUUCCAGUACAGGAAAUUAAAAUGCAUGACAGAUAGCGAGUCCGUCCCGCCCGACUGGCCCUAUUUCCUAGCCAUUGAUAGGAUCCUGGCCAAGGUUCCCGAGUCCUGUGACGGGAAACUGCCGGACAGCCAGCAGCCGGGGCCCUCCACGUCCCAGACCGAGGCGUCCCUGUCGCCGUCCACUAAGUCCACCCCCCUGUACUUACCGUACGGCCAGUUCUCCUACGAAGGCCACUGUGAGGACAACGGCUCCGACAGCUCCUCCAGCUUACUGUCCCUUAAGCUCAGGUCGGAGGAGCGGCCCACCAAGAAGCGCAAGGUAAGGAGCUGCCCGUUCCAGAAGAAGAAGCUGCGGCUGCUGGAGGCCACCCUGGAGGAGCAGCGCAAGCUGAGCCGCGCCGUGGAGGAGACGUGCCGCGAGGUGCGCCGCGUGCUGGACCAGCAGAACAUCCUGCAGGUGCAGAGCCUGCAGCUGCAGGAGCGCAUGAUGAGUCUGCUCGAGAAGAUCAUCGCCAAGUCCAACGUCUAG